CCACCCACUUCCAGUUUCCAUGGCUGCAAAAUGACUUCCAACUACAGAGAUUACGAGAGUGAGGCUCAUGAGCUAAUCCAGCACGUACUACACUUGUCAGUGGAGAGGACACGUCAAAAAACCGUGAAAGAUGUGGUAAAAGGUGUUCAGAAAGUGGAAUGGCCCAGGGGUGGGGAGUUUACAGUGGAGAAAGGACUUGAGGCAAUAGAAAAGUUUGUUGAGAGUUGGAAAAUUGGAGAGAGCUGGAAGCACUGCAUAGACUUCCUUAUCCAGCGAGAGAAGCUUUACUGCUACGGGGUCAAGUGGAGUGAGCCCACCAGACGAAAAGCAGUCCCUAAAGCCACAGCCUCGGUUUAUUUCUACCUCCUUGUUCAUAGCGAUGAUGCUCCUAUACUUGUGUUCUACGUUGUUGAAGGACAGAGAUUAGUACACAGGCCAGAGAACACAGUGUUUCAUGAAGUGUGGCUGAGAAAUGUGGUUCAAAAUAAACUGGUCAUCGCAGCAGCAGCUACUGUGGCUCUGAAUGAGUGACUCCCAAGCAACAGAUAGUUUCAAGCCAAUUACCAAUCAUGCCAAGUUGUAUUUAUUACAAUGCCAUGUUUUUUUUUAUCCAAUUAAACACACAGAAAAUAAAAUUUUCACAUUUUAA